ACAACACUUUCGAUUCUUACUUCCUCCCGUAGGUCUCUCAGCUCUAACCUUCUCUUAAGCAUUGAUAACAUCUCUCUGCCGCAACAAUGCCGAGAAAAUCCAGAAAAGCAAACCAACCUCAAGACGCAAAUAAACCAGAAGGUGAUGCUCCACCUUCUUCUCAAAGCUCUGCUCAGUCAUCGAGCGGAGCUCCUCCUCCUGCUUCUUCGAGACGGCCACAGGCCACUGCGCCUCUUCCUUCUGGAUCUUCUUCGAGACCACAGUCCACUGCGCCUCUUCCUUCUACGUCUUCUUCAAGGCCACAGGCUAUGGCACCUCCUCCCUUCCCUGAGAUGAUGCAGAGUCUCUCAAUUUCAUCAAAUGCGCCUCCUUCUUCCAGUAAGGCGCUGGUCCCUCCAAGGAGACCACCGCGUCCUGCAACUGCUGGGACUCGGUGUCUCGUAAAUACUAACCAUUUUCUUAUUCAGCUCCAUAACAAAGAGCUCUUCCACUACGAUGUGGCUAUUACUCCUGAGGUUCAAUCCAGGGGAAAGAACAGGGUCAUUAUCAGGGAGCUCAUUCGACUGUACAAGGAUUCCAAUCUAGGGAAAAGGCUACCAGCAUAUGAUGGGAGGAAGAGUUUGUAUGCGGCAGGCUCCUUUCCCUUCACUUCCAAGGAUUUUGUGGUUAAACUUUCUGAUGAAGCAGGAUCCAGCAGCUUGCCAAGCCGAGAGAAAGAGUACAAAGUAACGAUUCGAUUUGCUGCAAGCUUUGAUCUACAUCAUCUACAGCAGUUCCUUCAAGGAAUGCAAAUGGAUUGUCCUCAAGAGGCAAUACAGGCCCUUGAUGUGGUUCUCCGAGAACUUCCUAGUAGAAAUUACACGCCUGUUGGCCGGUCAUUCUUUUCGUCAAAAUUUGGAAAAGAAGAAAUUGGUGAUGGCUUAGAAUGCUGGAGAGGAUUUUAUCAAAGCAUUCGACCCACACAGAUGGGUCUGUCCCUUAAUACUGACGUAUCUACAACCGCAUUUUAUGAACCAGUUCCUGUAAUAAGUUUUGUUUCAAAACUUUUUAACAAGGAUCCACCCAAACAGUUUUCUGAUGCUGAGAAAGUGAAGGUGAAAAAGGCUCUUAGAGGUGUUAAGAUUGAGGUCACUCAUACCCCUGCAAAAAGGAGAUAUCGCGUUUCUGGUAUAACCAGGGAGUCGACAAACCAGUUAGCUUUUUCCAUUGAGGAGCAAGGUACAAGGACAACUGUAGUUCAGUAUUUUAGGGAUAAAUACAACUAUCAUCUUCGGUAUGCUAACUGGCCAGCUUUAGAAGUCGGUAAUGACCGCAAGAAGACAUACAUGCCUAUGGAGGUGUGUAAGAUUGUCGAGGGACAACGGUAUACGAAAAAGUUGAAUGAAAAGCAGGUGACAGCCAUACUGAGAGCUUCUUGUCAACGACCUCGUGAACGUGAGCAGAAAUGCAUAGACAUGAUUAGAAACAGCAGAUUCAGUGAGGACCCUUUUGCUCGUGAAUUUGGUAUUAGAGUCAGCGAUAGUAUCACUACUGUUGAUGCGCGUGUUUUACCCCCUCCGAGGUUGAAGUAUCAUGACUCUGGGAAGGAGAAAGAUUGCACUCCACGUGUGGGCCAGUGGAAUAUGAUAAAUAAGAAAAUGGUUAAUCCUGGUGCUGUUCCGACUUGGGUUUGCAUAAACUUUUCAAGAGUUAACUUCAAUGCGGUUCAAGGUUUUUGUCAGGACCUUGUUACUAUGUGCAGAAACAUGGGCAUGGAUUUCAAUCCAAGGCCGUUUCUUCCUAUAGAAAAUGCUCGUCCAGAUCAGGUUGAGAAGCUAUUAAUGUUUGUGCAUCAAAAAACAGCAGGAACUCAUCUUACUUUGCUGAUUGUUAUCUUACCGGAAGUAACUGGAUCAUCAUAUGGUCAGUUGAAAUGCAUAUGUGAGACACAGCAUGGCAUUGUCUCGCAAUGUUGCAAGCCAAGAAAUGUCACCAAACCUAACAGGCAACAGUAUCUUGAGAAUGUGGCUUUGAAAAUCAAUGUAAAGGUGGGUGGUAGGAAUUCAGUGCUUGUUGAUGCAUUAACACGCAGAAUUCCUAUGGUAUCGGACGUGCCCACUAUAAUAUUUGGUGCAGAUGUCACCCAUCCUCCACCAGGGGAGGACUCAAGUCCUUCCAUUUCAGCUGUUGUAGCUUCUCAGGAUUGGCCUGAGGUAACCAAAUACAUGGGCCUUGUUUCCGCCCAAUCACAUCGAAGGGAGAUAAUAGCUGAUCUGUAUACUUGUCAGCGACACCCAACAAAGGGACUUGUACACGGCGGUAUGAUUCGGGAUCUUCUGAUUUCAUUCAAAAUAGCAACAAGACAAAAGCCUCAGCGGAUCAUCUUCUACAGAGAUGGAGUUAGUGAGGGCCAGUUCAAUCAAGUCUUGCUUGAGGAAAUGGACGCAAUCCGUAAGGCCUGUGCUUCAUUGGAGGAGGGCUAUCUGCCUCCUGUGACUUUUAUUGUCUGUCAAAAGCGACAUCACACCCGAUUGUUCACAAAUAAUCACAACAACCAGAGUUCGGUGGAUAGAAGUGGAAAUAUUCUACCUGGUACGGUGGUGGAUACAAAAAUUUGCCACCCCUCAGAGUUUGAUUUCUAUCUGUGCAGUCAUGCUGGCAUACAGGGUACUAGUAGGCCUGCUCACUAUCAUGUGCUCUAUGAUGAGAACAGCUUCAGUGCUGAUGGCCUUCAAAGCCUAACCAACAAUUUGUGUUAUACAUAUGCUCGUUGCACCCGCUCGGUCUCAAUAGUUCCCCCGGCAUACUAUGCACACCUUGCCGCCUUUCGAGCACGGUAUUAUUUGGAGGCCUCUCUCUCAGAGGAUGGGUCAUCUGCAGGUGGGCUUAACAGACAGGCAGGGGAUGUUGCUAUAAGGCCUCCUCUACCUGCCAUUAAAGAAAAUGUGAAGCAGGUGAUGUUCUUUUGUUGAUGUGAGAGUGAGAAAACUAGCUGUUUGCCAUGUUUUUUACCCACUACUUGCGUAAUCUUCAUGGAGUGCUUUUGUUGAUAUAUAAACAAUUUGGCCUGAGUUUUUGUAAAUUUUACUUAAAUCCUGAAAGUGAUCAUAUGUAACUGUGUACCAGUUGAAGAUUUUCCUGUGAUCAUCACAGUUUAAAAGAAGAUGGACAUAAUUGAAAUUGGACGAGCCUUGCUGUUGUUGGUGAUAUUGACCACCAUUGGCCUGUGGAUUU